AUGGAAAAUUUUUAUUUUAUUGUAUUACUAAUUUUUAAUUUAAUAAUUCCAAGUUUAAUAGCACAACAUCCAUUUCGUUUUAGAAGAAGACAUUCUUACUCUAAUGAUGAUACUGAUGAUGGAAUUAAAGAUAACGUUGUAUUUUCCAUAAAUAAACAAGAUAUCAAAGAGAAAGUAAUUAAUGGCAAAAAAAUUUUCUUCUGUAGAAAUCAACCAUUCAAUUCAUUUCAAGCAGCAUUCAAAUAUGCUAAGACAUUAAAUCGAGAAGCUACUUCACAUUUGCAAAAGAAAAAUGAGCAAAAUUAUUAUAAAGAUUUUACGAUUGAAUCUUAUUUAGGGCAUAGUGUUGUUUGUAAAAAAAUAUGGCUGAGAGUUUGGGAUGGAUGUGAUUAUUAUUGUUUUGCUCGUAAAAAUUUUUAUCAACUAAAAAUGAGGACUUUACAACAAAUAAAUAUUAUUAGAGAACACCAUAAAGUUAAUGUACUUUACCCACAAGAAAAACUUUAUAAACUAGCACAAAAAGAAGCCAAUAAGAUUGCAAAAAAAGGAAUAAUAAGAUCAAGUAGCUUAAGUUCAAGUUAUGGUGUAUUAUCAGGAAUUGCUUUUUACUUGGCAGGAAAUACAGUGGUUAAUAAAUGGUACGAUGAAAGUAUAUUCUAUAAUUUCAAAGUAGGUGAGCGUUUAAAAAAUGUUGAAAUGUUUACACAAUUAGUAUGGAAAAAUACAAAAUAUUUUGGAAUUGGAGUUACUCAAAAUAGAACUGCUAUUUAUAUUGUUUGUUUACUUUAUCCUAAAGGUAAUAUUGAAGGAAAAUAUGCUUCAAAUGUCUUUUCAAUGAUAAAACGAGUUAAUACACUUUAA